UACAAGGCCAAAGCUAGCAGCUUUCCUCUGCGCCUGGGUGCCUCAAAAGCAGCAGAGCAAGCCUGGAGGAUCCCGGUGGAGUGCAGUGGGAUGCGAGACUGGCAGAGAUGGGGAAGGAAGCACUGGUGUGAGCCCUGCAGAGCGUAAGAUAGAGAAGUCUGGGGCUCUACAGAGGACAAGUGUGACAGUAUCCUGUGAAUGCUAAACCAGGUAUUCAUUGAUGCAGAUCUUCCAGAGAAGCAUGAAAGCAAACCCAAAAAGAAAUCACUGAGGGGGAGCAACGUGAGAGGUGAAAUGAGACCAAGAGACCAGAGGAUCACUACACAGCUCCUGCAAAUUCUCAUCUAAGGCACCAGCUCAGCCUUCCAGCAAGUGUAUGUGGAGGUGCGGGUUGAGCAGCCAAGGAUGGAAGUGCUACGCCGUUCCUCAGUCUUUGCUGCAGAGGUGAUGGAGGUUUUUGACAGGUCUCCCACUGACAAGGAGCUUGUGUCUCAGGCCAAGGCUCUCUGCAGAGACUACAUCAAUUCCAGGCUAAUUCGAGCAGGUGUCAGCUGGAGCAAACCUGAGUACAAUGCACCUGUGCCUGGUGGUAAGCUGGCUGAGGUGUCCACCAUACUGCUGCGACUGGGGGAUGAGCUGGAAUACAUUCGCCCCAACGUCUACCGGAAUAUCGCCCGCCAACUGAACAUCUCCCUGCACUCGGAGACAGUGGUGACGGAUGCCUUCCUGGCAGUGGCAGCACAGAUUUUCACCGCAGGCAUAACGUGGGGCAAGGUGGUGUCUCUCUAUGCUGUGGCAGCUGGGCUGUCAGUGGACUGCGUGCGGCACGCACAGCCAGCCAUGGUUCACACUAUCGUAGACUGCCUGGGAGAGUUUGUCCGCAAGACCUUGGUGACAUGGCUGAAAAGGAGAGGAGGCUGGGCAGACAUCACAAAAUGUGUGGUGAACACUGACCCCAGCCUCCGCUCCCACUGGCUCGUGUCCGCUGUUUGCAGCUUUGGUCACUUCCUCAAGGCUAUCUUCUUCGUCUUGCUGCCUGAGAGAUGAACUCGAGUCGUCAAGUGCAGCCCCCCUGCCCCAUCUCCUCCCCCACUCCAGAAGCAGCGGUAAUGCCAAUCUGAAGAGGAGGAAGAGAAGACCCAUGACAAACAGAAGGCUUGUUCUUCUCUUCCUUCAGCUGGGAGCAAGCGAUCAACCAUGGUCUCCUUGUUGCACCCACAGGAGACACUCUCACCAUUAAUCCUUUCAAGAGUCUUGUUUGCCUGGGGGACUUGUUUGUGUGGCCUGGACAUUGCCAGUCCCUGGGCACACUGAUUGCAGCUGUGUGCAGCGUGGACUGUCUGACAUCUGUGUCUUACGGCUGUGUUCCAUGCUUAUGCUAGUGCCAGGCAGAGGGGAGGAGGAAGGGGGUAUUAUUUGAAAUGGGUUAGAUAAUAGGAGAAGGGAAGAGUCCCUCCUUCUCUCCAUGUGAUUCUCCUUUCAGUCCUCAGACUUGCCUUGCAUCAAUUCUUGUUACUUUUGUGCUUAAACUCCAUCUCCUUCUUUAUACCCAACUCUGACUUGCUGGGCUCUGUCCCCAGCAUGGCGCAGUGGAGGGGAAAAUGUAGCUGUGGGGGUUUAUUGUGAUUAAAAACAAACCUGCUGUCAUCAGAUGCUUGCUCUUGGCAUAUCCUGGAAAUGGGACUGCAUGAGAGGCAGUUGCAUGGGACGCGGUUUGCAGUGUGUUUCAUGGAUCCCUCUUGGUGUGCACACGUCGGUUCAAAGAGGAGAGCAAGGGGCAAUGCCUUAAGCAACAACUUGAGAUUGCAUUUCAUAAUGAAGAAGAAUGUUUUCUCCACUGGGGUUUUAUCAGAACUAAGCAUGUGAGUAGGAAAGGCUGGGGAGCAUGGGCAGGAAUUAGGGAAACAGUAAGUGAUGUUUAAGUUGUGAAAGGGGAAAGCUGUGUCAAAUGUACCUGGUUUAUGUUUCUCCAUAAAUGUCUUCAGAAGUACAACUCGCAGUCAUUUGUGUGGCAAACAAUAAAAGAAAAUAGGUGGUGUUUCACUAUU